GGGUCUGGAAGGGCCCCGACCCCUGCAGGGGGAGCGUCUGCGCCCGGGCCACAGCCCUCCCGAGGCCGACCGGGGAACGGCCACGUCUGUCUCUCUCUCCCAGAGGAAUGUGGGGUCCUCACAGUUCAAGACAAUCGAGGACGACCUGGUGUCCGCUCUCGUCCGGGCCGGCUGUAUUCCCGAAAACCACGGCACGGACAUGAGGAAGAUGUCCUUCCAGCGAUGUGCCCGGACGGACAAGGGUGUAUCUGCAGCUGGUCAGGUGGUAUCCCUGAAAGUAUGGCUGAUUGAUGACAUUCUGGACAAGAUCAACAGCCACCUUCCAUCCCAUAUUCGGAUUCUGGGACUGAAGAGGGUGACUGGAGGAUUCAACUCCAAGAACAAGUGCGAUGCCAGGACAUAUUUUUACAUGCUGCCCACCUUCGCCUUUGCCCAUAAGGACCGGGAUGUGCAGGAUGAGACCUACCGCCUGAGCACGGAGACCCUGCAGCAAGUCAACAGGCUACUGGCCUGCUACACUGGCACCCACAACUUCCACAAUUUCACCUCACAGAAGGGGCCAAGGGAGCCCAGUGCACGGCGCUACAUCUUGGAGAUGUACUGUGAAGAGCCUUUUGUGCGUGAGGGCCUGGAGUUUGCUGUUAUCAAGGUCAAGGGCCAGAGCUUCAUGAUGCACCAGAUCCGAAAGAUGGUUGGCCUGGUGGUUGCCAUUGUGAAGGGCUAUGCCCCAGAAAGUGUGCUAGAGCGCAGCUGGGGGGAGGAGAAGGUGGAUGUCCCUAAGGCACCUGGGCUUGGCCUGGUCCUGGAGAGGGUGCACUUUGAGAAGUAUAACCAGCGCUUUGGCAGGGAUGGGCUGCAUGAGCCACUGGACUGGACUCAGGAGGAGGGGAAGGUGGCAGCCUUCAAGGAGCAGUAUAUCUAUCCCACCAUUGUCAGCACAGAGCGGGAUGAGAGGUCCAUGGCCCAGUGGCUGAGCACCUUGCCUGUCCAUGACUUCAGUGCCACUGCGCUCGCAACUGCUAGCACAAGCGCCAAGGUAGGGCUGAGUCUCAAGAUGCUGGCCCAGUGGGUCCCUAGUUCUCUGGAGGGCAGUGAUGGAGAUGGAGACACGGACUGAAGCUGCAGAGCCCCACCCAGGGUCUCCAUGCUGUGCCCAUCACCUGGGAUAUGGGGAGCCAAGAUUUCUGGGGCCAGCCUGUCAGGUGUGGCUUGGCUUCAUAACCUCAGGAUAUUGAAUUUUCCUCCCAGGAAUACCUGCAUUGAAUCUAUUUUUAGCUCAUGCAUUAUGUGUGCAUACUUUGGCAUGUAAAGAGACUAUUUUUUUUAUAAGGAGAUGAUUUUCUUAUUAAAUAAAAAUAAGUUUUGUUUGAUGUUA